AUAUUUUGUUCCGUACGGUAUAAAAUAAUUGUAAUAAUUGCAAUUUUUUCGAUCAUAGGUCACGAAUCAAGGAUAUUUGAUAAUCUCUAGCAAAACCAAUUAAAAUUUUGUGCUGAUAUCACUUCGAUUGGUUGAACUGAACUUGUUCAAGGAUAUACCGAUUAAGCACCUGAAAAAUGUCCACCGCAGGAAAAGUUAUUAAAUGCAAAGCGGCAGUCGCUUGGGGCCCCAAGGAAGAUCUGAAACUGGAAACGAUCGAAGUCGAUCCACCCAAGGCACACGAAGUUAGAGUAAAAAUCUUAUACACAGCCGUCUGCCACACGGACGCCUACACUCUCAGCGGUCAAGACCCCGAAGGACUAUUCCCCGUCGUCUUAGGCCACGAAGGCGCCGGUAUAGUAGAAAGUGUAGGCCAAGGAGUCACCAACGUCCAACCAGGCGAUCACGUUAUUCCGCUGUACGUCCCGCAAUGCGGCGACUGCAAGUUCUGCAAAAGCCCCAAGACCAACCUGUGCCAAAAAAUCCGCGUGAGCCAAGGCCAAGGGAAGAUGCCCGACGGUACUUCUCGUUUCCGAUGCAACGGGAAAGAAUUGUACCACUUCAUGGGCUGCUCGACCUUCAGCGAAUACACAGUAGUAGCCGAUAUCUCCGUCACUAAAGUAAACCCGCAGGCACCGUUGGAUAAGGUGUGUUUGUUGGGUUGCGGGGUGCCCACCGGUUACGGAGCCGCUUUGAACACUGCUCGAGUGGAGAAAGGCAGUACUUGCGCCGUUUGGGGCUUGGGCGCUGUAGGUUUAGCUGUAGGAUUGGGCUGUCAAGCUGCCGGAGCUACUAGAAUCAUCGGAGUCGAUUUGAACCCGGCUAAAUUCGAAAUCGCUAAGAAAUUCGGUUUUACUGAAUUCGUUAACCCCAAGGACUACGAGAAACCUAUUACUGAAGUAUUGGUGGAAUUGACCGAUGGUGGUUUGGAUUACACCUUCGAGUGUGUUGGAAACGUUGAAACUAUGAGAGCUGCGCUCGAAUCCUGCCAUAAAGGCUGGGGUGUAUCCACUAUUGUUGGUGUAGCGGGAGCAGGAAAAGAAAUCAGUACUAGGCCGUUCCAGCUGGUCACUGGGCGGGUCUGGAAAGGCACCGCUUUUGGAGGUUGGAAGAGUCGCGAGAGCGUUCCGAAAUUGGUCGAAGAGUACUUGAACAAGAAACUGAAACUCGACGAGUUUAUUUCGCAUUCGUUGAAGUUCGAAGACAUCAACGAAGCUUUCCAUCUCAUGCACAAAGGCAUCAGCAUUCGCGCUGUAUUGAGUUACGGUAACAAUCAAAGUAAUCUUUAAAAGGAAGGCGUUUAACGUACAAAAGGUAUUUUUUGUGCAAAUUCUGUUGGUUAAAUAUAUUUUUUCGAGAGUUUAA